GGGUUUGGGGACACGGAGGUGACACAGGAGGUGACAAUUUUUGGGUCACACAGGUGGAGCCCCACAAGGGGUUCUUCGGGGACGACACGGGGCUCAACGGGGUCCGGCUGCUCUGUGACAAAUCCGGCCAGGCCACGUCCAGCGAGGGACCGCGCGGUUCCUGGGGCCGGCCGGAGUCGUGUCCCCCCGGGCAGCGUUUGGUGGCGUUCCGGCUGCGCGUGGAGGAGCCGCGGGGGCUGUGGGACGACACGGCCGCCAACGCCAUGGCCGCCAUCUGCUCGGGGGGCUCGCUGCUCGAGGGCCGAGGUGGCCCCCAGGGCUCCUGGGGCAACUGGAGCCUCCCGUGCCCGCCCGGGGCCGGGGUCUGCGGGCUCCGCACGCGCCUGGAGCCGCCCCAGCGCGGGGGCGACGACACCGGGCUGAACGAUGUGGAUCUGUACUGCUGCUCCUGAGGGGUCACUCGGGACCCCCAGACCCCUCCCCAUUGACCCCAUGGACCCCUGAGACCCUCCUGAAAUCCCCCAAAAUCCCCUGAGACCCCUGAGACCCCCCUGACACCCACCCAGAGCCGCCCCAGCGCGGGGGCGACGACACCGGGCUGAACGAUGUGGAUCUGUACUGCUGCUCCUGAGGGGUCACUCGGGACCCCCAGACCCCUGGGACCACCCCAUUGACCCCUGAGACCCCCUGGGACCACCCUGAGACCACCCUGGGACCCCCUGAUUGACCCCAUUGACCCCACACCAGCCUGGAGCUGCCCCAGCAGCCCUGGGACCACCUUGGGACCACCUUGGGACCAUCCUGGGGGACUUUAGGACCACCCUGGGACCCCAUGACACCCCCUGAGACCCCCUGGGACCACCCUGAAACCCCCUGGGACCACCCUGGGACCCCCUGGGACCACCCUGGGACCACCCUGAGGCCCCCUGGGACCACCCUGAGACCCCCCCCAUUUUACCCCAUUGACCCCAUGGACCCCUCCCCCAAUAAACUCGAUUUAAUCCAC